CAAGCCAGCGGCUCAUUCUCCAUCGGAGAGCUUCCCAGUGCGGUUGUAGCGAGUCGAUUCGCCGUCAUGCCUGAGCCGGCCAAGUCCGCCCCCGCGCCCAAGAAGGGCUCCAAGAAGGCGGUGACCAAGACGCAGAAGAAAGGCGACAAGAAACGUCGUAAGAGCCGUAAGGAGAGCUACUCCAUCUACGUGUACAAGGUGCUGAAGCAGGUGCACCCCGACACGGGCAUCUCGUCCAAGGCCAUGGGCAUCAUGAACUCCUUCGUCAACGACAUCUUCGAGCGCAUCGCCGGCGAGGCGUCGCGCCUGGCGCACUACAACAAGCGCUCCACCAUCACGUCGCGGGAGAUCCAGACGGCCGUGCGGCUGCUGCUGCCCGGCGAGCUGGCCAAGCACGCCGUGUCCGAGGGCACCAAGGCUGUCACCAAGUACACCAGCUCCAAGUAGGCGGUUUCUGCUCAUAAGUCCGAUACUCUAUAAACCCAAAGGCUCUUUUAAGAGCCACCCACCUUUUCAGUAAAAGAGCUGAUUUUAUGGA